CCCCGCAGCCCCUCAGCCCCGCAGCCCCUCAGCCCCGCCGUGCGCCAUGCGGGGCGCGGAGCUCUGCCUCGCCCUGCUGGACUACAAGACGGCGAAGUUCUCGCAGACGCGGAACCGUCGGGUCGGGCUCCUGCAGCGCCUGCUGCAGCUGGCCGCGCUGGGCUACCUGCUCGGGUGGGUGCUGCUGGUGCGGAAGGGCUACCAGGACACGGACCGUGCCCCCCGCGCCGCCGUUGUCACCAAGCUGAAGGGCACUGCGGUGGCCGAGACGGCAGCCGCGGGCCGGCGGCUGUGGGACGCGGCCGACUACGCCCGGCCGGUGCAGGGGGAAAAUGUGCUCUUCCUGGUGACCAACUUCAUCGCCACGGCGCAGCAAGCGCAGGGCACCUGCCCCGAGAGCCCCUCUGUCCUCGAUGCCAGGUGCACAGAAGAUGCAGACUGCCCCAGGGGGAGCCCAGUGGUUGGUGGCAACGGGGUGAGAACCGGGAAGUGUGUGAUGGUCAACAGCAGCCACUCCACCUGCGAGGUCCACGCCUGGUGUCCUGUGGAGAGCAGCAGCCUGCCCGGGAAGCCUCUUCUGGCCGAGGCAGAGAAUUUCACUCUCUUCAUCAAAGCCACAGUUCACUUCACCAGAUUCAGCUUCUCCAAGUGCAAUGCUCUGCAAACCAGUGACCCCAGCUACUUCAAGAGCUGCACCUACCAUCCAGUGCUCAGCCCCUCCUGCCCUGUGUUCCGUGUCGGUGACAUGGUGGAGGCAGCUGGAGAGAGCUUUGGAGCCCUUGCACUGCUGGGAGGCAGCAUCGGCGUCCGCAUCCAGUGGGACUGCGACCUGGACCGCGCCGCGGCGCUCUGCCAGCCUCGCUACUCCUUCCGCCUGCAGCACAGGGGCUACAACUUCAGAACCGCCUCCUACUACUGGGACUCCCAGCGGCAGCUCUCCCGGAGCCUGCUGAAGCUCUACGGCAUCCGCUUCGCCAUCUCGGUGCACGGUCAGGCUGGGAAGUUCAGCAUCGUUCCUGCUGCCGUGAGCUUGGGCGCUGGCAUCGCCUUCUUCGGCGCUGCCACGGUGGUCUGUGACCUUGUUCUGCUCUACCUGGAUGCAGAGGCUGAUGUCUACUGGAAGGAGAAGUUCGAGGAGGUAAGGAAGGAGCUGCCUGGGAGAGUGACACAGAGCAGGAUCAAGGGCAGCCUCAACCAGUCUGCUGAUGCCACCAAGCUGAGUGGUGCAGCUGACACUGGUGACGGACAGGAUGGCAUCCCGAGGCACCUGGAGAGCCUGGACAAGUGGGCCCACGUGGGCAUCACGAAAUGUGGCAGGGUGUGGGUGGGGAGGCCUCUGCAGAGCAGGGCAGCUGCCAGCCUUAGCUCAGCUCAGCUUUGGCUUUCUCUGGCCAAGUCUCAGAAACCCCUGAGCACAGAGGUGCCCCAGCUCCCAGUGAGCUGCCAGCAGGGCAAUGUUGCCAGGGUGUGACCUGCAGUGGGGAGUGCUGCAGGAGGCUCUCAGCCAUCAAGCUGCAGCAGCAGGCUGCCUGCCUGGGCUGUGCCCCUGUCCCUUGGGUACCGAGGUGGCCCUCUUCCUUUUGCAGGCAAAACCCCCUAAGGGUCAGCCUCAGGACACCCAGGGGUCAGACAUCCAGGCCACUUAGGGACAUCCAGGCCACUCUGGGACAUCCAGGCCACUCCACCGCAAGCUUCCUUCGCCCCAGAGCAACCUGCAGGUAGAUGCAGCAUGGGCAGGGCUGCAGUCCCGCUGGAGGUGGCCCAGCUGUGUUCCAGGUGUGCAGUGCUGGGGUUAGGCUCUGCCCUCUCUGGAGAAGCCUGCAGCAGCAGUUCCUGACCCCUGGAGCAGCAACCCACCCCGGGGCAGCUCCCGGCACAGACCAGCUGCCGCCUGACUGGCGCCGUGCUGCAGAGCUGCCGCUGGAGCUUGCUGGUGAGCAGCUGGCACACAGCACCACAGGCUCAAAGCACUGUGUUGCAGGGCACCCCGUGGGCACCCCGUGGGCACAGGAGUGCAAUGCAAUAAAGCUGCUCAGUGUGAA